ACUCAUUUUACUCAUUUUGCUUCCUUCAAGUUAUCAUGUAUUUCAGUUCCUUCAGUUUCACCCAAGCAUGCAUUUGAUCCAAACUUUCAUGAAUAUCGCAGUUCCUCCUAUAGUACUUAUUCUACUCAUUUUGUUCCUUCCAAUAUAUCAAGUUUUCAAGCUCAUAAUUUUUAUCAAGAGAUCAAUAUGCAGUGAAAAUGUAGCUGGAAAAGUUGUACUCAUUACUGGAGCAGCUUCAGGCAUUGGCGAGCAACUUACUUAUGAGUAUGCUGGAAGAGGAGCACUUUUGGCCCUAGUUGACAUCAAUGAGAACUGUCUUGUACAAGUUUCAAAUAAAGCUCACUCUAUUGGAUCCCCAGAUAGUAUAUCUAUUGUAGCAGAUGUUUCUAAAGUGGAAGAUUGUGAGCGGUUUAUCAAUGAAGCUGUGAAACACUUUGGGAGAUUGGACCAUCUAGUUAACAAUGCUGGGACAGCAAGAUUCAGUAAGUUUGAGGACACUAGCCAAAUUUCUGAUCACCAUCCGGUUAUGGACAUUAAUUUCUGGGGUACAGUUAAUGGCAUCCACUAUGCAAUUCCACACCUGAAGAAGAGCAAAGGGAAGAUAGUAGUGAUUUCCUCAGUUUGUGGAUGGUACCCUCUACCAACACUGUCCAUUUACAAUGCAAGCAAGGCAGCACUAAUAAGCUUUUGCGAGACACUUAGAACUGAACUUGGUCCUUCAAUUGGCAUAACAAUAGUCAAACCUGGCUUAAUCAAGACAAAUUUGACAAAAAGCCAGGAUACUUUAAUACCAGUUAUUCCAGAAGAGUCAGCUGAAGUAUGUGCUAAGGCAAUAGUGAGCGGUGCUUGCCGUGGAGACUUGUAUGUGACGGAGCCUGCGUGGAUUCGGUGGUUGUUUCCGGUGAAAAUGGCGUGUCCCGAGGUGAUAGACUGGUGCAACCAUUUGUACCUGUUGAUGAUUGAGCAUGUAUCUGUCAAGAGAAAAGCAGCCAAGGGGAAGACUUCGGGAGGAAAAUGAAGCCAUUCUUCCCAGCAGGUCAAGGCAGAAUAAGAUCAUAACCAAAAAACAUCA